AUGGCGGCGGCGGCGGCGGCGGCGGCGGGUGGGCUCGGCUGGCUCUUGGCCGCGCUCUGCCUGGGCAGCGCCGCCGGGGAGGCCACGCCGGGCCCGCAGGUGCUGCGCUUCUGCCUGGAGGAGGACGCGGCCGAGGGCGCGGGGCGGACGCGAGCGGGGGCGGCGGGGGCCGCGCCCGAGGCCACCUUCCGCCUGCGCCUCUUCGGCCCGGGCUUCGCCAACGGCUCCUGGUCCUGGGUGGCCCCCGAGGCGGCCGGCUGCGUCGAGGGCCGGCCGGGCGCGGCGUCCGAGCGCGGCGUCCGGGCGGGCGAGUGGCGCGCGCUGCUGCGCCUGCGCGCCGAGGCCGUGCGCCCGCACUCGUCGCUGCUGGCCGUGCGCGUGGAGCCGGGCGGCGCGGCGGCCGAGGAGGCGGUGCCGCCCUGGGCGCUGGGCCUGGGGGCGGCCGCGCUGCUGGCGCUGGCGGCGCUGGCGCGGGGCCUGCAGCUGAGCGCGCUGGCGCUGGCGCCGGCCGAGGUGCAGGUGCUGCGCGAGAGCGGCUCGGAGGCGGAGCGCGCGGCGGCGCGGCGCCUGGAGCCCGCGCGGCGCUGGGCCGGCUGCGUCCUGGGCGCGCUGCUGCUGCUGGCCAGCCUGGCGCAGGCGGCGCUGGCGGUGCUGCUGUACCGCGCGGCCGGCCAGCGCGCGGUGCCCGCCGUGCUGGGGAGCGCGGGGCUCGUGUUCCUGGUGGGCGAGGUGGUGCCGGCCGCCGUGAGCGGGCGCUGGGCGCUGGCGCUGGCGCCGCGCGCGCUGGGCCUCAGCCGCCUGGCGGUGCUGCUCACGCUGCCGGUGGCGCUGCCGGUGGGCCAGCUGCUGGAGCUGGCGGCGCGGCCCGGGCGGCUGCGCGAGCGCGUCCUGGAGCUGGCGCGCGGCGGCGGCGACCCGUACAGCGACCUCAGCAAGGGCGUGCUGCGCUGCCGGACGGUGGAGGACGUGCUCACGCCGCUCGAGGACUGCUUCAUGCUGGACGCCAGCGCCGUGCUGGACUUCGGAGUCCUGGCCAGCAUCAUGCAGAGCGGCCACACGCGCAUCCCGGUGUACGAGGAGGAGCGCUCCAACAUCGUGGACAUGCUCUACCUCAAGGACUUGGCCUUCGUGGACCCCGAAGACUGCACGCCGCUCAGCACCAUCACCCGGUUCUACAACCACCCACUCCACUUCGUAUUCAACGACACCAAGCUGGACGCCGUCCUGGAGGAGUUCAAGCGAGGGAAAUCCCACCUGGCCAUCGUGCAGAAGGUGAACAACGAGGGUGAGGGCGACCCCUUCUACGAGGUCCUGGGCCUGGUCACCCUGGAGGACGUCAUAGAGGAGAUCAUCAAGUCUGAGAUCCUGGACGAGUCUGAAGACUACCGGGACACCAAGGUGAGGAGGAAGCCUGCCUCCCUGAGUGCCCCCAUCAGGCGAAAAGAGGAAUUCUCCCUGUUCAAGGUGUCUGACGAUGAAUAUAAAGUGAAAAUCUCACCUCAGCUGCUCUUGGCCACCCAGCGCUUCCUUUCCCGAGAGGUGGAUGUAUUCAGCCCCCUGCGGAUCUCUGAGAAGGUCCUGCUGCACCUGCUGAAGCACCCCAGUGUCAACCAGGAAGUGCGGUUUGAUGCCAGCGACCGCCUGGCUGCAGACCACUACCUGUACCAGCGCAGCCAGCCGGUUGACUACUUCAUUCUCAUCCUUCAGGGCAGGGUUGAGGUAGAGAUCGGGAAGGAGGGCCUGAAGUUCGAGAACGGGGCCUUCACCUAUUACGGAGUAUCUGCCUUGACAGCCCCAUCCUCAGUUCACCAGUCCCCAGUGUCCUCGCUCCAGCUGUCCCGCCGUGACCCACAGCCCGAGCCAGCAGACGGCACCCGCUCAUCCACAUAUUGUCCGGACUACACCGUGAGGGCCCUCUCUGACCUGCAGUUCAUUAAGGUGACGCGACUGCAGUACCUCAAUGCACUCCUGGCUACCCGAGCCCAGAAUAUGCCUCAGUCCCCUGAGAAUGAGGACCUCCAGGUUGUCCCAGGCAGCCAGACCAGGCUCCUUAGUGACAGGACGGCCCCGGCAGCAGGGUCCCACCACAGCAGACCAGGCCUCCCAGCAGAGGAAAGCCCUGGGCGGAACCCAGGAGUUUAAUUUCUUGCCAAGCAGCCCCUGAUCUGGGGAUGGACGAGCAAGUGGGGAACUGGCGGGAGCCAAGGAAUAGUCCCUGCCAUACUGUCCCCGUCCCCUCAGGCCACGUUUUAGAUGGCCCUUGUAGACAGUCCUGGGCGCCCUCAGAAUCGAGCAUCUGUCCCAGGGGCCUUCAGCAGGCCCUGCUCUCCGCCAAGGAGGUGGGGACCACAAGGGCACAGCUCCCUCCAGGCCACUUCUGGAAGGAAUUAAAGGAAUUCAUCUCCAGCCCCCGAGGCCCAGUCUUCUCCCUCCGCCCCCCCCCCCCGCCCCAGGCUGUGACAGUGCGGUGUUUUUAUACCUCUUGGGGCCAAGCCACAUGCGAGUGCGUGACUGCUGCCUUACGUGGUCGGGACCUGUCCUCGCUUUGCUUUUAAUUUGCCAACCUUCUGCUGCUGGCAGCGCUUUUGGAGCAAACCGAGAGCACCAGUUUUGGCUGGGGGUUCAAAUCCACGGCCUUGUCCACAAUGCCGUGUUUCAAAACACGUUCCCCAGCCUGUCCAUGUGCCAAACCUGGAAGCACGACUGCCCACAAGUCUGCCCCGCAGCCCUGGCUCCCUCCUCUGGGGGUUGCCUUUUCUGACCCUUCCUGGAGCCGCUGAAGAGCAGGCUCCUCACACUGGGAACUGAGGGGCCUGCCCGGCGCGGCCUGCUGCGGGCCUGCGUCUCGGCUGUGUUGGCAGUUGCUGUGUUUCAAGAAGAGGUCGCACACGGGAGGAAGGGAUCUUACGUUGUGUCUAAUCCUUCCUUCAUUGUCUGGUCCCAGGUGAUGGUCAUCACCAGGGUUGGCUGCUGUGUCCUACACCUUCCUCAGAGGCCGGCCUCCGUGUGAGGAGGUGCUGGGCGGCUGAGACGCCAGAGAGCAGCAAGGGAGGGAAGGGUGUUUGUGAACCAGGCAGGCCCCCAUGACCUUUCUCAAAAAAAGCAAUCAAAGUGUUCGUAACAUCUCUGAAACAUUUCAAGUUCUUUGCUUUUUUUUUUUUUUUUGGCCCUGUUCCUAGCUGUGGGGUUUUAGAGAAGUGGGAACAAGAAGGCAUUUGUCUUUUUCUCGUUUACCUAUUAUUACCUUCCACAGUCCUUCAGCUGUGUAAACUGGAGCAUCACAGGGGCGUACGGUCAUAGGUCGGGAAGGGAGGGAAGAGGAUUUCUGGAACCUCUCUCAAAGGAAUCUGGGUCCAAAGAGAACGGUGGUGGUGUUUGCUUACUCCUUGUUGUUAAGGAGUACUCUAUAAGAGCGAACCCUGGGGGAACAGGUCCUUCAAACUCACUUCUCAGUAGUGUUCUCAGCUCGUCUGCAUGUUGGAGUCACUUGGCCAGUUAAAAUACUGAUGCUGGGUCCUGCCACUGGGGACUCUUGAUUUCAUCUGUCUGGACAUCAGGAUUUUUUGGGGGAAUAAUUUUAGAUUUACAGAAGAGUUCCCAUAGACCCUCCACUCAGCUUUCCCUCAUGUUAACAUCUUCCAUAACCACAGUGAAUUUAUCAAGACUAAAAAGUAAUGCUGAUACGAUACUAUUAAACUAUAGACCUCGUUUGGAUUUCACCAGUUUUUCCCAAUAAUGCCCUUUUUCUGUUGCAGGAUCCGAUCCAGGAUACCAAGUUGCAUUUAAAGUUAUUGUUUUAAAAUAACUACAUUCACAGGGAGUUACAGAGGCCCCACGUGUCUCUCAGUUACCCUCAGUGGGUACAUCUUACAUAAUUAGGGCGGUGCCGGCCCCUUGGGUGUGUAGUUCUGAGCCAGUUUGUCGCCUUGUAGGUUUCUGUGGCCACCACAGUAACUCCACUCUGCCCUCCCCUGGUCUGUGGUGACCACCUGUCUACUUGUGGUGGGUUAGCCAUCAAGAUGGAGAACUGUUCCACCCCACAGACUCUGACUCAGGCUGCUCUUUGUAGCCACACCCCUCGCUCCCCCACCAUCCCUAACCCCUAGCGACCACUGGUCUGUUUUCCGUCUACAAUUCUGUCAUCUCAAGGGUGUCAUACAAUAUGUAACUGGGAUUGGCAUUUUUCACUCACACAAUUUUCUGGAGAUUUCAUCUGGGUUCUGUGUGUCAACAGCUUGUUCUUUUUAUCGCUGAGUAGUUGUCCAUGGUGUGGAUGUACCAUAGUUUAACUGUUCACCUGCUGAAGGACAGCUGGGUUGUUGUAGGCUAUCCAAAUAAACCUGCUGUGAACAUUCAU